AAGAAAAAGGUGGUUCCCAGUUACAGGGUGACAGGGUAGUAUCCUUAACACGUAUUCUGUUCAGACUGAGAGACUCAGAUCAUCAUCUUUCAACCGCGAACACCCAAAGCCAAAAUCUCUGCUUCUACUCUCUUCACUUUUCGCCUCGCAUCUGUAAUAGCAAGUAUUCAAUGGCCUUUAUCAUUGUUGUAGAGUAAAUGGAAGGAGAAGUGGUUGCACGACUGUUCCAAGGAUAUCAGAUAUUUGCUGGCGAUUAAGUUAUUUCUUCUUGAACAAAAACCUCAAUGGUAGCCCCAAAAUUUUCUACUAAGCCAAAAAUAUGCUACAGGCCCAUUCGACCUUCUGACUUAGAGACUUUAGAGCAUAUCCAUACGAAACUGUUUCCCAUCAGGUAUGAAGCUACUUUCUUCCACGAUGUGGUAAAUGGAUGUGACAUUGUGUCAUGGGGAGUUGUAGACUCUAAUCGACCAGAUGGCCGGUGUGAUGAGCUCAUUGGAUUUGUGACAGCACGGGUUGUUUUUGCGAAAGAAAGCGAGAUAGUGGAUCUGCUUGGAUAUGACUCGGCCAAAUCAGAUCAAACUUUAGUUUACAUUCUGACGCUUGGAGUAGUGGAUACUUAUAGGAAUCUUGGAAUCGCAUCUUCUCUGAUUAAGGAGGUCAUAAAAUAUGCUUCAAGCAUUCCAACAUGCCGAGCUGUUUAUUUGCACGUAAUUUCUUACAACAACCCGGCAAUCUUUUUGUACAAGAAAAUGUCUUUCAAGUGCAUAAGGAGGCUGCAGGGUUUUUAUUUAAUCAAUGGCCAACAUUAUGAUUCAUACUUGUUCGUGUACUAUGUAAAUGGGGGACGAUCUCCUUGCUCACCAUUAGAGCUACUUGCCGCAAUAGUAAGUUACUUGAGGAGCGGCUUUAAGUUGAUGGCUGCAAGGCUGUGCAAGAGUGACGACAGGAAGAUCUCAAAGUGGGCAAAGUGUAAAGAAAGCCAUUCUCUUGUGUCCCCAACACAUAACAAGAGAAACCUAGCAGUGGAGUGUACUGGAUAUGAUGUUGUUUAAUCCUAUAUUUAUUUAUUUAUUGUUUCUUUUUUAGUCUUUACCCUUCCUACUAUUACCUGUAUCAUUCAACUCUACUCUUGAUUGCCUCCAGAAAAGGUUAUAUUGAAACCAAAUAAUACCUAUUGUAACUACCACGUGCUUAAUAAACUUCCCAUCUCCUGUAGAAGUUUUUACUGUUUGUGCAAGCUAUGUGAUAUUGUUGACCAUUUUAACAAUGAUAAAUUGCAUUGAGUUUCCAUAAA